UUGAUGAAGAACAGGACAGAAGUAACAGAGUUCAUCCUGCUGGGACUAACCAAUGUCCCAGAAUUACAAGUUCCUCUCUUCAGUGUGAUCACACUCAUCUUCCUCAUCAAUGUAGUUGGGAACCUGGGAAUGGUCCUACUGAUUGUCUUGGACUCCCGCCUCCACACCCCCAUGUACUUCUUCCUCGGUAACCUCUCUCUGGUGGACUUCGGAUAUUCCUCAGCUGUCACUCCCACGGUCAUGGCUGGACUCCUUGUGGGAGACAAAGUCAUUUCAUACAAUGCUUGUGCUGCUCAAAUGUUCUUUUUUGCAGCCUUUGCUACUGUGGAAAAUUUCCUCUUGGCCUCCAUGGCUUAUGACCGUUUCGCAGCAGUCUGCAAACCACUACAUUACACUACCACCAUGACAACAGGUGUGUGUGCAUGUCUGGUCAUCGGCUGCUAUGCCUGUGGUUUCCUGAAUGCCUUCAUCCAUACUUGGGAAACAUUCCGCCUUUCCUUCUGUGAGUCCAAUGUGGUCCAUCACUUUUUCUGUGAUGUUCCAGCCGUCAUGGCGCUGUCUUGCUCUGACAGACAUGUGAAUGAAUUGGUUCUUGUUUAUGUAGCCACAUUCAAUGUCUUUUUAGCUCUUCUAGUAAUUUCAGUGUCCUACCUAUUCAUUCUUACUGCUAUCCUAAAGAUGCACUCAGCUACAGGAUACCAAAAAGCAUUUUCCACCUGCGCUUCCCACCUUACUGCGGUCUCCAUCUUCUAUGGCACGAUUAUCUUCAUGUACUUGCAGCCCAGCUCCAAUCACUCCAUGGACACGGACAAAAUUGCAUCUGUGUUUUAUACGAUGGUCAUCCCCAUGCUGAACCCUCUGGUCUACAGCCUCAGAAACAAGGAGGUCAAGAGUGCAUUUAAGAAGAUUGUUUGGGAAGCAAAAUUGGCAUUGAGAUGUCAAUUUUAA